AUGCCUUUGGAGACUCAAGACUCACAGCUGUCGCCGCGAUCAGCGUCGCUGUCGCCGCAAUCAGCACUACUCAUACAAUCAAAUUCUGACCACCCAGAACUUGGAGUCUGUGCGCCUUCUACUACUGGCCCUACCUCCAGCUCUCCAGCUCUCGUCAUGCUACCAAAGUACCUUCAUUCUCAGGCCCUGGCCACUACCCUUGAGCCAAAAAGAUCGUCUCCCAAUCGUGUCGACCCAGCCGGCAUUCUCAAGUAUGGCAACCCCGGUCCAGUGAAUGAUGAGCUGAAAGGAACCUCCCUAUAUGGUGCCUAUAACCGUCGAACACGGAAUCCUUACUGGGUAGCCGAGCAUAUGACCCCGGAAUCUAUAUCUCGGGUGGUCGGUCAGCGCAAGAACAAUUUCAGGGAAGAUGAAUCCAUUCCUGCAGCUUUCCGUCGAAAGGUGAAAGACUAUACGAAGUCAGGUUCUGACCGUGGGCAUUUGGAAGCAGCCGACGAAACAUUCCGAAUGUCCAAUAUGUGUAGUGUCCCCAAGUUGUUGUUGGUUUCAAUCGACACUACUGCGCCUAUUCUGAGGACUUGCAAGAAUCUCACCACAAAGUACCCCUCUGUCCGGGUUAUAACGGGUCCUUUAUACCUACCUGAAAAGGGCAGCGACGGGAAAUGGCGUGUGAAUUGUGAGGUGAUUGAGAACCCGCCCAAGGUUACAGUCCCCACUCAUUUCUAUAAAAUUAUUUUCGGAAAGGAGAAGAGUAAUGGCGACCAUAUUGGUGGCGAGGUUGCUGUUGGUGCAUUUGUUCUGCCAAAUGGACAGAUUGACAUUAUUUCAAAGUUGGCGGACUACGGCCUAACGAGUGAUUUGGAGUUUGCACAGAACCUAAAGACGAGCCAACAGAGACGGCUAUGUGAAGAGGUAAAGUGCGAUAUCAGUAUCAAGGAUUUUAGUGAGGCAGUCGACGAGGUAACUGAGAUGGCACUCCAGAUCAAGCUUUAG